CUGGAAAUGCUGUAUUCAGAAUCAAUCGAGACGCCACAACCCCAUGGAGAUAGAAAGCUCGUCUGCUACUUCGGGUUCGACUAUCAAUUUCAAAUACUUGGAAUGAAUGCUGUGUCUCCUUGUUAUCGCUAUCUUGAUAACUUAUCGCUACCAGCAAACAGGACAAAGUACACAAACCCAACAAACCUCCACAUAAAGAUGAUGAUAUAUCUACGCCGUUUUGUGUCACCGACUGGCUAUUGAAGUAUCUAAAUAGGCACAAAGGAGACAAUAUUCCAAAGGUCAAGAUGCAACAUCAAAAGAAUCGAGUCAGUAUCAAGUCUACGUCCACCUUCGCUGAUUGAUGUAUGUGAUUAUGUCAGCGUUCCAGGUCUUGUCUGCUCAAAACAAAUCUAUCAACUUAUCGAACGCCACCGUAGCUCAGAUCGGUCUACCACCGUCUACCACACGUUCCCAUCAUUCGAGGCGCUGAAUACGCCGCUCGUGCUGCUAGUCAUUAUGGGAAGUACACGGAUAACAACAACGCGUCAAACAAUCACCAGCUUCUCGCCGGCGCAGGGUCGAGUUUACAGCGCGCGCACACCCAGCAAUACACGGUCAGCAACCAAGAGAAAGCGAGACGCCGAAGAUGAGAUCAAAUUAUCGACGACUCCAAUAAAAAUUGCGCGCAGACGAGUGAAUACCAACUCUGCAGCCUCAGCUGGCUCCAUCGAGGUGAUCGACUUGACAGCCGACUCGCCCACCACGACCCCGACCAAGAAGACUCGAAGCCCCAAGAAGCGCCUUCCUGGCGAGCCGACCCCCGAGCGACGCGCUAGACCGUUCCGUAAACAAGCACCCAAGUGUAUAAUGGAUAGGAUGACGCGAGCACGAACCCAGAGGAUGUGUGUCGUGGAACAUUGUGUCACCGAGGUGGAUGAUGCGCCCGAAGUCGUGUUUAAAAUGGCGGGAACGACUGGAAAUCUGUAUAAGGUUGUUAUUGGGAAGGUGCCUUCCUGCGAUUGUCCGGAUGGAGGGAAAGGAAAUCAGUGCAAGCACAUAUUCUACGUCCUAAUCAACGCUCUCAAAGCCCCGGAACAUCUACAGUAUCAGCUGGCAUUCUUAUCCUCGGAACUCCGUGAAAUGUACCAGUCAUCACCCCUCAACAGCCAAAAAGAACAAUCGGAGGACAACAACGGCAAGCGCAAGCCCAUCGAAGGAGACUGUCCCAUCUGCUUCAUGGAACUCGAGCCAGAGAAAGACGAGAUUGUCUGGUGCCGCGCAGCAUGCGGGAAUAACAUCCACAAGGCAUGUUUCCAACAAUGGGCUGCAACGCAGAACGCGCAGGGGGUUCGUUGCGUUUACUGCCGUUCUGCAUGGGAGACCGGUAGUAGCGAACUGGAUCUAAAACAGCUCGCCAAGGACGGAUACGUCAACGAAGAAGGUUAUCUCAAUGUGGGGCAUCUGCUCGGCAUGCCUGGCGACCGCGGUACGAGACCGUCCCUGUACUUGUCCCCUUUGGCUGGUUUCUUUGUCUCUUGGAAAGGUCACUAAUCGUUGACGCUUGGUGAUAGACUCUUCAACAUAUUAUCGGCCCUGGGAUUCCCCGGGAUCGUCCUAUUAUGGGUCGCGUAGGUCGUGGCAUUCGCGCUGGU